GUAGAGGCUUAUAAUGCGUCCGAAGUCGACGGUAAUCCGUCAGCAGCGCUUUCCAGCAUGAAAUGCAACAAGAACGGGGAGUGCAGGCGGGACUCCGGCACCGGGAGCCUCCGGUCCAUCAUGUCCAAACCGGACGCGGGCAAGCGGGCUGCGUGCAAUUCAACGACCAGCAUGGAUGGCACCAUCACGCCGGGGCAGGACGGGUCAAACCCCGGUGCGCUCCCGGAGAAAAAGGACUCCAAGGUGUCCUUUUCCAACGCGCCCAGCAGGAAAGCCUCGUCCUCCAUUCACGGCGGACAGCAGCAGCAGCCCCGGAACUCGGUGACCUUCCUCAAAUCCGAGGACGGAGCCCCGGAGGACACCGAGACCCGGGGCAGCCAGGCAAGCUUCAUGCAGCGGCAGUUCAGCAGCAUGCUGCAGCCCGGGGUCAAUAAAUUCUCGCUGCGCAUGUACGGGAGCCAGAAGGCGGUGGAGAAGGAGCAGGAGCGCGUCAAGUCGGCCGGCAACUGGAUCAUUCACCCUUACAGCGACUUCAGAUUCUACUGGGAUUUCACCAUGCUUCUCUUCAUGGUGGGCAACUUGAUCAUCAUCCCGGUGGGCAUAACUUUCUUCAAAGACGAGACCACUACGCCGUGGAUCAUCUUCAAUGUGGUGUCUGAUACCUUCUUCCUCAUGGACCUGGUGUUGAAUUUUCGCACAGGCAUCAUCAUCGAGGACAAUUCGGACAUUAUCUUGGACCCCAAAACCAUCAAGAAGAAGUACCUGAAGACCUGGUUUAUAGUGGACUUUGUGUCGUCCAUCCCGGUGGAUUAUAUCUUCCUGAUUGUGGAGAAGGGCAUCGACUCGGAGGUGUAUAAGACGGCGCGAGCUCUACGGAUUGUGCGCUUUACUAAAAUCCUGAGCUUGCUGAGGCUGCUGCGGCUCUCGCGGCUCAUCCGCUACAUCCACCAGUGGGAAGAGAUCUUCCACAUGACCUAUGACCUGGCCAGUGCAGUGAUGCGGAUCUUCAACCUCAUCGCCAUGAUGCUGCUGCUGUGUCACUGGGACGGGUGUCUGCAGUUUUUGGUGCCCAUGCUGCAAGAUUUCCCCUCCGACUGCUGGGUUUCCCUCAACAAGAUGGUGAAUGACACGUGGAGUGAGCUGUACUCAUUCGCUGUGUUUAAAGCCAUGAGCCACAUGUUGUGCAUCGGUUACGGUCGCCAGGCUCCGGAGAGUCUCUCUGAUAUCUGGCUGACGAUGCUCAGUAUGAUUGUGGGAGCAACCUGUUACGCUGUCUUCAUCGGACACGCCACGGCCCUCAUCCAGUCGCUGGACUCCUCACGCCGACAGUACCAGGAGAAGUAUAAACAAGUGGAGCAGUACAUGUCCUUCCACAAACUUCCGGCAGAUUUCCGUCAGAAAAUCCACGAUUACUAUGAGCACCGUUACCAGGGCAAGAUGUUUGAUGAAGAAAGCAUCCUGGAGGAGCUGAACGAGCCGCUCAGAGAGGAAAUCGUAAACUUCAACUGCCGUAAGCUGGUGGCCUCCAUGCCUCUAUUUGCCAACGCGGAGCCCAAUUUUGUGACAGCGAUGCUUACAAAGCUGCGUUUCGAGGUUUUCCAGCCUGGUGAUUAUAUAAUCCGAGAGGGAACCAUCGGAAAAAAGAUGUACUUCAUUCAGCACGGCGUGGUAAACGUCAUCACCAAAGGAACCGUUGGGAUGAAACUUACUGACGGAUCCUACUUUGGAGAGAUCUGUCUGCUGACUCGAGGUCGGCGUACAGCAAGUGUACGUGCUGAGACCUACUGUCGCCUGUAUUCGCUCUCGGUGGACAACUUUAAUGAGGUUUUGGAGGAAUAUCCCAUGAUGAGGAGAGCCUUCGAGACCGUGGCCAUUGACCGACUUGACCGCUUGGGAAAAAAGAAUUCCAUCCUAAUGAACAAAGUGCAGCAUGACCUAAACUCCGGCAUCCUGAACAACCGCGAGAAUGAGAUGAUCCAGGAGAUCGUGAAGUACGACCGUGAGAUGGUGAAGCUGAUUGACCUGCAGCGGCCGCGGGCCAUGUCCAUGACGCCCUCCAUCCCAUGUGGGAUGUUUGCACCACCUGGCCAAUCACAGGGUAGCUCAGCUAUCGCCACUCUACAGCAGGCUGUCGCCAUGAGCUUCUGUCCUCAGUUCGGAGGCCCAAUGGUGGGUCCAAGCAUGCAGUCCUUGCAGUCGCCCAGGAUGGUCCGACGCUUCCAGGUGGUGCAGAAUCUCGCCAGCCCGAUAGCAAUUUCUCCCCAACAGUCUCUCCCAAUAGCCUCUGCGAUAGCCAGUCCACCUGUGCAAAGUCCUCUUGCAGCAGCAGGCGCAGUAGGUGGACGAACUUUUAUGUAUGGGAGUAGCCCAAUGGGUGCACGCUCUGGAUCUCAGUUGUCCCUCAUCCAGCAGCACGUUCCCAGUCCCACACGGCCCACCCCGGUUAAGAGCACCCAGCCGUUGCACCAAACAGGCAGCCUGACACAAGAUGCCAGAGCUUUAUCAGCUUCACAACCCAGCCUCCCACAGGAUGGUGCUCCACACGUCGCACCCAGUCCGCCACCGUCUACCCGUGUUUCCUCAACGUCGAUUGGCCCACCGCAAGCAGCCCAUCCCGCAGUUCCAGGACCGUCCGGUGUCCGGAGCGCAGUGCCUCAGAGAAUGGCUCUGCCACACCAAGCGCCCGCAGCCGCGGUUGGGAAUUACCCAUCCACACCUCCUCCUCCUCCUGCUUCUACAGGCACUCCACCUGCUGUAGCAGGACCGGACUUGGUUAUACGCAAGAAAGAUUCAAUAGUCAGCCUUCCCGAGACGGACUUCACAGCCAGAUCCCGGCUAUCAUCCAACCUCUGACGAGAACUCUGAGACUCUUUGCAAAACUUUUUGUGAGUCACAGUUUGUUUUUGUUUUUUUUUAGUUCAUAGGGUGGCUUUUCAUAGGAACCAAAGGGAGGAAGAUCAGAUAAACCUAAGGUGCAGUCACAUUUACUGUAGCUCAGUGGGAUUUCACAGGUGAGAUUGAGUCCUUCUGAAAGAAAUCUGUGUAAAUUGGGAUUUUGGGUCAGGUAAAAAUGUAAGUAGAUGUGCUCACUUUCAAGUUCAAUGACUAUUAGGAUUGUGAUUGAUUUUAAAGUGAGCUCUGCGUGAGCUUUUUUCCAUCUCUACACUGUUGACAAGGAAAAAUGGAGUGUAAAAUUUCACUGAAAUAUGGCUAAUGGGUCUGCAUCUUUACCGAAGCUUGAUUUAACAGACACUAUGCUUGAUGUACACAUGAAAGAUCUUCGUGAGACAGACUUGACAUUGUGGGUAACGUUUAACUACAGAUGAAGUCUCUGCUAAACUUUUAGUGAGUCACAGUUUAUUGUUUUCUGAGUUCAUAGGAACCAAAGGGAGGAAGAUCAGACUGACUUGCAUGGGCAGUCACAUUUACCAUUGCUUUGAAAGUUUGCUGGUGAGAUUGAGUCCUAGUGAACGAAAUCUGAAUGAAUUGGGUGAAUUUGGGUGUGGUCAAAAGUGAUGGAUGUAGAUGACUUGGGAACUCUCUUGAUUUGAAAGUGAGGUCUGUGUGAGUUUCAUCAUUUCAUCUCUAUGCUGUAGACAAUUAAGAAUGGACUGCGAAAUUUCACUGCGACCUGCAUAAGAAAGAUCUUUGCAAGACAGCCUUCUUAGCCAGAUUUUGGUUCAUGUCAAGGUUCGAGACUCUUUGCUAAAGGGUGGCUUUUCAUUGGAACCAAAGUAAGGGACUAAAGGUGCAGUCACAUUCACAAUUGCUCUGUGAAAUUUUGUAAUUGAGUGAUUUCAAAAGGAAUCAAAAUGAUCAUUUUCAAGUUGCUU